AUGGGUUUCGUGCAGCGUGUCCUCAAGCGCCUGCCCUCAGUGUCGCAGGGCCCAUCUCCCGAGGAGUUCAAGAAUGGAAAAUCGAGGACGCUGCCGCGAUUAUCGUUCUUUCGCAGGCGGAUCAGAUUAAAAGGCAAUUCUUCGAUUUCCAUACCGUUGGGCUUCCUGCUCCUCUUUCCGAGCUUGGUGGUGUUGUUAAUCCUCAUACUUGUGGUGAAACAUCCAAGUUCGCCGGGACGUAUAAUGCUCCCUGCUGGCACACCCCCUUCCAUAAGAAAAAUCAGCGAGAAACAUGACCGCGUGUUUGCAACGGGUUGCUUGAACCCCGAGGAGUCUGCAAAGCAACCUCGCGCAAAUGCGGCUUUCGUCGUCCUAGCCCGAAACAAAGAGCUUGAUGGAGUGAUACAGUCUAUUAAGAGCAUCGAGCGACAUUUCAAUCGAUGGUUUCACUACCCCUACGUGUUCUUGAACGACGGAGAUUUCGAGCAGUCCUUCAAGGACACCAUCACAAACUACACAAGCGCUCCUGUGGAAUUCGGAAAGAUCGAUGCGACUAUGUGGGGCUAUCCGGAAUGGGUUGAUCAUGAAGUUGCACGAGAAGGAAUUCGAAAGCAAGGAGAUGCAGCCAUCAUGUACGGUGGAAUGGAGAGCUACCAUCACAUGUGCCGUUUUUACUCGGGCUUUUUCUACAAGCACGAACUCCUCCAGAAAUAUGAGUGGUACUGGCGCCUGGAACCCGAAAUCAAGUAUUUCUGCGACAUCACAUAUGACCCCUUCAUCGAGAUGGCUAGGUCCAACAAAACUUACGGCUUCACCAUCGCCGUCAAAGAGUUGAAGGAGACAGUCCCGAACAUCUUCCGUUACGCGUCAGCCUACAAGCGGAAACACAACAUGAAGUCCAAGGGGCUUUGGGAAAUGUUUGUGGAUAAAUCACGGGAAAAGGAGGAUGCGUCCUCAGGAGGAGACAAGAGGGCCAAAACAUUGCCCAAUGAAAUCUUGCAGACGGAACCGGGACAUCAAAACAUUGAAGAUAUUGACCCGGAAGCCAUGGAAGGCGAAAAGUACAACAUGUGCCAUUUCUGGAGCAACUUCGAGAUUGCCAAGUUGGACUGGUUCCGAAGCAAAGAAUACAACGAUUUCUUCGAAAUGAUGGAUCACAGUGGAGGAUUUUGGAUGGAGAGGUGGGGUGACGCUCCCAUUCAUUCACUUGCAGCCGGGGCUCUGCUUGCGCCCCGAGACAUUCAUUACUUCCGUGAUUUCGGUUAUCGCCAUACCACGAUCCAGCAUUGCCCUGCGAAUGCCCCGGCAAGGCAACUUCCGCGCAUACCUUAUCUCGAGCGGACUACCGAGGAUGAGAAAGAACGCCAGGAGGAAGAUGAGUACUGGGCCACACCAGAUCCGCCCAAAGAAAACGGCGUCGGUUGCCGGUGCCGCUGUGACACCGAUAUUCGGGAUGUUGAAGGCAAAGAAGGCAGCUGUCUUGCCGAAUGGGUGGAAGUUGCUGGCGGAUGGGCUUCACCCUGA